AUGUCGAAGCUUCUGGUCAUUGUGGGCAUUACAGGCAACCAAGGCGGCAGCGUCGCUGAUGCUUUCAUCAACGACAGCAACUGGCGAAUCCGCGCCAUCACUCGCGAUCCUUCCAAGGGUUCAGCCCAGGAAUGGGCAGCGCGCGGCGUCGAACUCGUGCGAGCGGACCAGGACGACGUCGCAUCCCUGACGGCGGCCUUCACGGGCGCACACGCCAUCUUCGCCAUGACGGACUACUGGGCCCCGCUGGGCGACCCGGCAGUCAGAUCGGCCGCAGCAACGCGCGGCGUCAGCGCGAACCAGCAGUGCGCCGAGCUGGAGACACAGCGCGGCACGAACAUGGCGCUCGCGGCGGCGGCGCCCGAGGUGCAGCGCACGCUGGAGCGCUUCGUGUACAGCAGCCUUCCCGACAGCUCGCGGCUCUCGGGCGGCAAGUACACGCAAGUGUGGCACUUCGACAGCAAGGCCGCCGUCGAGCGCUUCGUCCGCGAGGACCGGGCCAUGGCGGCGUCGGGCCUGAGCGCGAAGGCCAGCUUCAUCCACGUCGGCCUCUACACCGACAACUGGCGUCGCGCGCCGACGACUGAGAUCUGCAGGGAUCCCGCGACCGGAGGCUACUGGCAUCUGGACUUCUCCGACGGCUCCAGGAAGUCCCCGUUCGUCUGGACCCGCAGAGACACGGGGCCCCUCGUCAGGAAGCUCAUCGAGGACGUGCAGCCAGGAGCCAGGCUAAUGGCCGCCAGCCAGGUGUGCACUUACCGCGAAUUCAUGGCAAUCUGGGCCCACACGCUGGGUCAGAAGCUGGCGGGCGACGGCGGGAUCAAAAUCGUCUCGCCGCAGGAGUUCAGGGACCUGAUCCAGGCCGACGAUGACCUUAAGGAUCACCUGGCAGAAUGCUGGUUCUAUCUCCGUGACUUUGGCUACGACGGCGGCGACACCGAUACUCUGUACCCCAAAGAUAUUGGCGCCGAGAGCCUCAUGAGCACUUUGGAGGAGUACUUCAAGUCCGAAGACUGGUCAGCCCUUCUUCCUUAA